AUGGCUGCUAGUCAACCAUCCUCCACUUCCAGCUCCCCCAUUCAGCCAAAGACUCAAAUCGUCAACAAGGAUGAUCCUCUCGGUGCUGAUGUUGAAGCCAACAGAUCGCGUGUCAAGUCGCCAACACGAAGUCCUUCACAACGUCGAACGGUAGCUGCUCAUGACCUGGAGAAAGCAAACUUUCAACUGAGUGAACAGGUCAAGGACCUCAAAUAUCAGCUCACCGACAAGGCAAAUGAAAUCAGCAGACUGCAAGAUAACAUGGCUGCACGCACUUCAGAACAUGAUGAGAAGAUGAAAAAGAUGAGAGAGAUCUUUGCACAGGCCACCAAGAACCUUGAUGGAUACAGAGCAUCGAUUGCAGCCAAGGAUGCGGAGCUUCAGCGUCUAAAGGAUGACAUUAGCCAAGCACAAGUUCGAGAACAAGAGCUUCGAGCCAAUACCGAAGCACAAGAUCGUGAUGCUGAAAAGCUUGGAUCAGAGCUGAAUAGCCAAAAGGCUUUGUACGGAUCGCAAAUCAAGCAACUGGAAACCAAAGUACGACAAUUGACAUCACAGCUACAAGAGACACGUACCGAUUACGAGCAGUACAAGAAGCGAGCAUCACAAUUGUUACAAAAGAAUGCUGGUAGCCAGGGUGAUUCUACACGCAUCAAUGAAUUGGAAACCACUGUACGACGGCUACAAAUGGAGAAAUCUGAAUUGGAGACCGAAAAGGCUGAAAGCUCGAGGAAAAUGGAACUUUUGGAACAUGACAUACAACGAGCAUUAGCCAGGAUACGUGAUCUUGAAGCUGACAAUGAAGCGCUCUCAAAAGUACGUGAGGACAAUGCCCACAAGCAAGCACAGAUUACUCGAUUGCAGGAGCAAAUGGCAUCGGAUAAGGAAGCCCAUGAAAAAGCAAUGAAAAGCAUACAGCAUACCCACAAUGAGACAAUGCAGCAGUUGCAGGAGCUUUUGGAUGCAAAGGAACAACGAAAGCCUUCAGACGACACCUCAUCACCUUCUCAAGUACCGAAUACGCGACAAGAGGAACAUGAAGAGAUGCAUCGCAUUACCGAACAGCUCUAUGAUGAGAAUGCGUCACUCCGGCAGCAGAUAAUGGAAAAGGAGAAUGAAUUGCAAGAUUGCAAGAGGAAGCUGCUUAGUUUGCCGACAUCAUCAUCAUCAUCAUCACAAGAACAGCCCCAGCCAUCUUCACAAAAUCAAUCAAGCCAUAAUAAGGAACCAGAUGAAACUGAUGGCGUCGACGUAUAUGCAUCCAUGAGCCAUUUAUUAUCGCCUUUGGUUGGAGGAUCAGAAAACAAGGUUGAUUUGGAGAAGAAGGUGCAACAUCUCAGUGUGAUGCUUCAUGAGAGCGAGGAUCGUGUAUCGGCAUUAAGGGCUCAAGAGAAGGUCUUGAAGGAUGAAAUAAGGAAAUUGGAUUCGUUUGAUCGAAGGCAAAAUUUGAGUAUCGAAUAUCUAAAGAACGUGCUCCUCAAGUUCAUGCAAACAGAAAACAAAGAGUUCAUGGUUCCAGUACUCGCCAAAUUACUGCUCCUUGAUGCAAAUGAAACAGAAACCUUACGACAAUCCGUCAUCCAUUAA